ACUUAGAAGAGGCAAGAAAGUUGUGGGUGUUAUCAUCCCCUCCCUCUUUCCUUCAGACACUGACAAUGGAUUCGUCAAUGCUUGUCACAGGAUCAUUGCUCGAUCAAUUUCAGGUAGAGAUGGAGCCAAGACAAAGCCAGCCAACUGAUUAUGGCCGUUUUGUGAUUCAUGUUGUAAAGCGUAUGACACAACAGUCAGGCGUUAUCGACCAAACCAUGUUACGUCGGGCGAUUGGGCUCGCAUCGUCAUACCUUGUGACUGAUACAAGCACCAAUUCCGACCGUGGUAUCCAGACGUGGUGUACUGGGUUCCAUCGUCUUGUCGAUAUUAUGGUUGUGUUACAUUCAAGAGGGGAGCUGGAACUUGACACAGUCAACGAGGCAUCAAAAGCGUGUUCUGAAUGUUGGAGUGUGGCCGGAACUUGGCGGGGCAUGGAAGAUUGUCGCCAGGGUGUGAAGGAGGUUGCUGCUAAACUGAAGAAGUUACUUGAUGAGCCUCACAGAAGAACGUAUAAAGGAUCCAAAGUGUAUACCCCGAGCAGUAGUUAACUUGGUAAUGACAGUACAAGGAAGGAGAAAUAGCCCCUAGAGUGGCGGUGCCAGCCAUGAUGUACGUAAUAUCAUGGCCGUAUAUUGAUGUCUUACAUUGGAGUUUCGUCAA